AUGGAGUUCGUUCGCCAGCGCGUCUAUGAGCCGGUGCGCAAGGCUCUCAGCUCGGGGAUCACCCCUCACGGCCUGGCCCUGGCAACGGCCUUCGCCUUCUCCGGCGGCAUGUUCCCCGUGCCCGGCACCACGACCUUCGUGUGUCUCUUCUUCACGCUGCUGUUCAAGCUGAAUGGCGCCAUCGUCCAGGUCGUCAACCUCCUCCUGACCCCGGUGGGCUUCAUGAUGCUGCCGGUGUUCAUCAAUCUCGGGGGGAUGCUGAUCCCGGCGCCGGCCGGCUCCGACGGCGGGGUCCCCUCCUCCGGGCAGCUGCUGGCCCUUGUGUGGAAGGCCCUCAGCAGCCUGGACCCGGGGCCACUGAAGCCGGUGUUCGGGGCCUUCGCCGGGGCCGUGGCCGCUUGGUUCCUGGCGGUUCCCUUCAUGACGGCCUGCGUGUAUUUGCUCACGCGGCCGGUGUUCGGGUACUUCCUGCGCGACCGGGCCGCUCGGCUGGAGCGUCUCCUUCGGCGGCACUGGCGCCGGGUUCACCGGCCCUUGGUGGCCUGGCUGCCGGGGCCUUUGCGGCGUCGGGCCGUCGGCUGGGCUCCGCUCGGGGGCAGCCCCCUGUUCGAGGGGGGCCCCGGGGCCGGCACGCCGGCCGAAGAGCUGGACCUGGGGGCUCUCGGUGGCUCUGAGUACCCGGCCUUCUCGUCGGCGGCCCUGCCGCGCGCGACGGAGCAUGCCCCCGGACCCCCGGGCGCACCUCUCCUCGGCCAGCAGUACUACCACCAGCACCAGCACCAGCACCAGCAACAGUACCAGAUGGCCCCGCUCCAGCAUCCUCACUCCGGUCCUCGAGCGUCCGGAGACUCCCUCCAGCCGGCCUUCAGCUGUGACCUUUCGGUUGGGGCCUCCUCCGCGUCGACGCUGGCCCUGGCCGCCGGCGAGCCGGGAUCUGGCGGCCCCAAGCCCGGCGCCUGGCCACCUGGCGCCACGCCCACCGCACAUACCUACAACACCCCGUGGAGCUCACCGCCGGUGGGGGCCAAUCCCCCUGUGGCCGGGUCCCUGGCAGCCGGCCGGCCAUUGGCCACGAUGCAGGACACGCCGGCCAUCUCCAGCGUGGACCUGUCCUCGUCCGGCCUGCCGACAGGGGUCCUGCUGCCGGGGUUCGGCGGUGCCACGCCCGCCCCGCCGGCCGAUCCCUCGGGCAAAGCGUCCCUCCUCUCGCGGCUGCCCCCCUCCUUGGGCCAGGCCGCCCUUCCUCUUCACGCCAAUGGGUCCCUCCUCCCGGGCACUUCCUCGGUAUUGCCGACGGCCUCCCUAGAUCUCCACCACCACCAUCAUCACUCCCAGUCGCAAGCGAAGGCGCCACAGGCCGCCUCCUCGGAUGCCCCGGUCUCGCCGGUCUCCUUCUCGCCUGUCGUCCUCUAG